AUGCUGGCAGAUGAGCGUCAGGGAGCACGCACGUAUGCUGCCAAAAGGGCAGAGUGGCAGGAAAUUCUGCUGCGGCAAUACACGAAGCUGCGAAUGCUGUUUGCAAUCGAUCGAAUCAUGGGGCAAAUCCUGAACCAGCUUCUUGUCGAAAGCAUCGCGAUGGACAACAACAGCGAAGCCUCGAUGAAUCGGAUCAGGAAGCUGGAGGGGUUCAAAGCCCGCAUGAAGCAAAGCAGGAAGCUUCUCAGAGAUGCGAGAAAGGUUCUCAACGCCGCGAAGAAGGUUCUGGCGCUCAUCGACUCUGGAGCUUACGGCGAUGCUGUGCAAGGCGCUUGA